AUGCACACGCUGACCGAGGACUUUCUAAAGGUGCAGAGAAUAUAUUUUCGGAUCUUGGGAUUUGAUAUCGUUAAAGGCAAUAAUGGUUGGCUGCAUCCUUGCAAAACAUUAUGGGUUCUGAUUUCAUUGGCCGCAGUGCAGCCCAUGAUUGUGGCCUUCAGUCUGAAGAAUGUGGAGAACGUGGACCGACUGACAGAUGGCUUGGGAUCUGUACUCGUCAACCUCUUGUCCCUGUUAAAGUUCGGACUAAUUAUAUGGCUGCAUAAGGACUUUAGGCAACUAGUUGACAAAUUCCAAAAUAUGCUCUCGAGAGAGUACGAGAGUGAGGUUUCAGCCAAAAUAAUAAGCCAAGAGAAUCGCCGGGAACAGCGUGUUAGCGGCUUCUACAAGAACAGCUUCGUGCUCACGGGAGCUUUGUCCUGUCUGAUGCCCAUUGUAAGCAUCGUUCUCUUCUAUUCUCAAACUGGAGAAUGGCAGCUACAGUUGACAUUUCCCUGCAUUUAUCCUUGGGACAAUGGGAAGAUGUACAAUUCGCUGUUCUCCUAUGUUUUGUUAGUGAGUGCCACUACUGGCGCCGUACUGCCCACAAUCUGUGUGGACACUUUCUUCACCGCACUUACCCACAAUUUGGUUGCCCUGUUCAAGACGGCACAGUAUAAAAUGCAAUUAUUUGGAGUGGUUCGUCUGGCUGAAAUCCUGCUACUCUACAGAAGCAGCCUGGAUAUGAGUAAUGCCCUAAAUCGGUACUUUCGUCUCAUCAUCUGCAUGCAAUUGGUUGUCGCCUCUCUUCUGCUGUGUGUUCUCAGCUAUACACUAUCCGAGAACUACGCACAGCCCCAGAUGCCCUUCUAUGCCGUCUUCACACUCACGGUGUUGCUACAACUCUACAUUUACUGCUAUUGUGGCGAGUAUCUGAAGACCGAGAGUAGAGAAUUCGCCAGAGCUAUCUACGAUAGUCCCUGGUACGAGGCAACUGCAAUAAUUCCAGAGAUUGGCCGUUCUCUGCAAAUCUCAAUGAUCAGAGCCCAACGGGGCAGUCACAUUGAUGGUUACUUCUUUGAGGCCAACAUGGAGGUCUUUCUAUCGAUUGUCAUGACGGCCGGAUCCUAUUUUACUUUGCUACGCUCAAUUUCCUAA